AUGGCGACCGGUGGCUACCGGACCAGCAGCGGCCUCAGCGGCAGCACCACAGACUUCCUGGAAGAGUGGAAGGCGAAGCGCGAGAAGAUGCGCGCCAAGCAGAACCCCCCGGGCCCCUCAGCCCCGGGCGGGGGCAGCAGCGACGCGGCCGGGAAGCCUCCGGCGGGGGCGGUGGGCACUUCGACGGCGGCUGCCACGGCCAACGAGCUCAACAACAAUCUCCCAGGCGGCUCGGCCGCACCUGCUGUCCCCGGCCCCGGGGGCGUGAACUGCAGUGUCGGCUCCACCGCGCUGGCUCGGGCGGUCCCCGGCCCGCGGCGGCCAGAGGACGAGACCCCCGCCGCCGCUGCCUCCGGAGCUCCGCCGCCUCGGGGUGACGAGGAGGAACCGGAUAGCGCCCCGGAGAAGGGCAGGAGCUCGGGCCCAAGUGCCAGGAAAGGCAAGGGGCAGAUUGAGAAGAGAAAGCUGCGGGAGAAGAGGCGCUCCACCGGCGUAGUCAAUAUCCCCGCGGCAGAGUGCUUAGAUGAAUACGAAGAUGACGAAGCGGGGCAGAAAGAGCGGAAGCGAGAAGAUGCAAUUACACAGCAGAAUACAAUGCAGAAUGAAGCUGUAAGUUUAUUAGAUCCAGGCACUUCCUGUCUGCCACCGGAAACAUCUAGAACUGUUUCAGGCAGAUAUAAAAGCACAACUACUGCCUCUGAAGAUGAUGUCUCAAGUAGAUAUACCCGAAUAGACAGAAGUGGGUUCAGUAGGUAUAACAGAGAUGCAAAUGUUGCGAGUAAUUUGGUCUCAAAUAGCACAUUGGAAAAGAAAAUUGAAGAUCUUGAAAAGGAAGUAGUAAGAGAAAGGCAAGAAAACCUAAGACUUGUGAGACUGAUGCAAGAUAAAGAGGAAAUGAUUGGAAAACUCAAAGAAGAAAUUGAUUUGUUAAAUAGAGACCUAGAUGACAUAGAAGAUGAAAAUGAACAACUAAAGCAGGAAAAUAAAACUCUUUUGAAAGUUGUUGGGCAGUUGACAAGGUAG